AGCCAGUCGACAAACGCGGUUUCAUGUGAAAAUCAGAGUUUAAUUUGUGAUUCGGACUCGUCCACUCGAUCGACAUGCUUCAAAGGACUAUGCGGUUUUUGGAAAGGGCUUUCGUGGCGGAAAGCGCGUUUUUCUCGCACCCCAGCGUGUAUUUAUAACAGUGACUGAACAGUUUCCACCUAGCGUUAUACUAGCAUAUAGAGUGAUCGAAUUAAAUUUAAAUAAACGUGCAUUUCAGUCGAAAUAAGAGUUCGAUCUUCGAAGACGAUGGAUUUCAAGAGUUACGGAGCGAUAAUAACGAGCAGCCAAAAAGAGCAGUUGUACCGAUUCGACAGCCCGCAGGAGGAAUCGACCCGGCUGGAGGAGGUACCGCUGUUGCCUCAAAGCCCAGCCAAGAGGUUCAAAGGACCCAUCAUAUUGGGAAUGUGCAGGUCCACCUAUUUGUUCGCCAUCUAUCUGUUCGUGUACUUUUUGUACCUCUGCGGAGGGGCUUCGUUCUUGUUUUACGUGGAGGAGCCCGAAGAGAGAACGACAAGGGUUGAAGUUCGAACGGCCAUACAGAAAUUUUACACUCAGUAUCCUACCGUUUCAGACAACGAUCUAGAAGAAUUAAUCGUAGAAAUAGUAAAAGCAAGCAACAGAGGAGUCUCAGCCGUUAAUAAUGCCACUGGUGAACCAAACUGGAGCUUUGGUCAAUCGUUAUUUUUCGCCAGCACCGUCGUAACAACCAUAGGAUACGGACACGUAACACCCUUAAGCAGAACUGGUAAAGUCUUUUGCAUGGUAUACGCAAUGGUGGGCAUUCCAUUGACUUUGGUGCUACUUUCUGCGCUGGUAGAAAGACUACUCGUCCCAACUGUUGGGCUGCUCCAAUGGCUCAACUCCAGAUUGGGACAUUUAUAUCAACCUUUCAACAUACGCAUUAUGCACCUUCUCAUUAUGUUUAUGUUUCUCCUACUGUUCUUCCUGUUACUUCCUGCGGCCGCCUUCGCUGCUAUCGAGCCGGAAUGGGAUUACCUGGACUCCAUUUAUUAUUGCUUCAUAUCACUGACCACCAUUGGCUUGGGAGACUACAUACCAGGCGAUUCCGCCGACCAACCUUACCGUCCUCUAUACAAAAUCGCUACUACUUGUUACCUGUUUAUGGGCAUAACGGUUAUGAUGCUGACACUGGCGGUGUUCUACGACAUACCGCAACUGAACCUGGGGCUGCUGUUCACCGAGAAGGAAGACAGCAACUCGGAGAAGAUGCGAUUGGCGUCCUCGGUGCCGGAAUUGCAUUACGGGGCCAGCACGUUAUCGGGCGACAGCCAGGAGAACAAUCACAGGCAGGUGGUGAGGGUGCGUUCGAGGCGCAACGACAGCCCCAGUCCCGAAGAUCCCGGACAGAAGGGGCUUCCUUGAAUGUGUCCUCGAGAAAUUGACUUGUUAGAUAAGUAAAAUGCGGUUGGAUUAAUUCGUAGGAACGUUUUUUUUCUAUGCGAUUAAUGGUUAUCGAUGGUUAUUGAUUUUUAUGUAGGUUUAUUGGGUAAAUUUUUGUGUUGUAGUUUUCGGGGGUUGUGCUAACUGUGUUAAAUUAAUUUAGAGCACAGAUUAAAUUAAUUUAUUCGUUACAAUAAAUUUUAUUAACGACCAUAUUUUAUUCACUGUUUUAACGUCCCGUUUUAACAAAAUUACUGCUAAUUUAAUAUGCUAUUUUGACAUAUUUAAAUUCAAUUCAAACUGGAUACUGACUCAAUAAUUUUUUAUUAACCAAAUUUUUAACAAUUUUUAAAAAAACAAAGCCUCGCUUUGUUUAAAAAAUGCCUAAUUAUAACAAGAGAAUUUUAUCCAAAUAUUUGAUUACCAAUUAAUUUAAAAAUAUUUUUUCUUAAAUUUGGAAACGGGAUGAUGAAGAUGUAACUACCAUUAAUCCAAUCUUUGGAGUCUAUGUAUCUUUAGGAAUAAUGAAAAUGAGGAAUUAGGUACAUGAUCAUUAAUUACCACGGUUACUGUUUAGAUUAAAUGAAUUUUAACAAUAUUUAAAAAGUAUACACCUACCUGUCGCACAGUAUGUUGUUUGUUUCUCGAGCAUCUAAUUUUAUUUAAGAAGUAUUGUUCAUUUUGGCUUCGAAAAUGUAUGUUUUUAUAGCAAUUUACAAUUAGUUGUUUAGAUAAUAUUUUAGGCCUACUGUGUUUUUUGAAUAUGUAUUGAAUACGUAAAGUAGUAUGUUCAAUUUUUAAUACAAAAAACCUAAUGAAUUUUAUUGUUAUACUCAAUUUGACUCGAUGUUAAGUUUUUAUAGUUUGGUCACUCUAUAAUACGCAGUAUUUUAUAAAUACUAAGAAAUAUGUAUAUUUUUAUAGGUAAUUCUUAAUUAAAUUCGCUUAGCAAUGUUACUCUUUUUUACAUCAACAACUACAUAUUAUGUAUCUUAUGAUAUUAAUAAAUAGGUACGUAAUUCGCAAAAUAUAUUUAGAAGUAAUAAAUGUUAGAAUAUAGCCUGAAAAUGGAAUUCAAUUAUUUGUGGACCAAUAAAAAAUAUAUC